GGAGGAGGAGCCAACUCUGCAGAGGCGGCCACUAUGGAUCCUGUCGUUCUGCUGCCCCACAACGAGACAGAGCUCCAGCAUCAGAGCGUCUCCCUCUCUCUGCCAGCCACUGCGCAUCUCCAACUUAUUAUGCCCCACUAGCAACAAGAUGUCAUCAUCAUCAUCAGCCACAUCGUCCUCCAACUCAUCCAGCAAUGGACAAGGGAAGUCCAAAUCCAAGUCUCUGUUCAGGAAGAGGGCGAGCCUGCAGAGCACGGCCAUCCUUGACCUUGGUGGUUCAUCAAACCAAAAGCCCCUCCGGCCUCAGCGAUCCCUACCUGGCACACCAGUUUCCGGGAUUAACUACCCAAUUGACCUGCGCACAUCAAUGGAGGAGAAAUAUAAAGAAAUAGCCGAGGAGCUGUUCUCACGCAGCAUGGCUGAGAGUGAGAUGCGCAGCGCUCCGUACGAGUUCCCGGAGGACAGCCCCAUAGAGCAGCUGGAGGAGCGGCGUCACCGCCUGGAGAGGCAGAUCAGUCAAGACAUCAAGCUUGAGCCAGAGAUCUUGCUCCGCGCCAAACAGGACUUCAUGAAAAUCGACAGUGCUGCAGACCUAGAGUUAAUGAAGGAGACGGAUGUAGACAGCGUGGACAAUGGCUUCACAAUGAGGGAGAUGCCGAUGGAGAGGGAAUACCAGCGGGUCUCCAUAUCAGGAGAAGAGAAAUGCGGGGUGCCGUUUACUGAUCUUGUCGAUGCCGCCAAAUGCGUUGUGAAAGCUUUAUUCAUCCGGGAGAAAUACAUGCACCAUUCCCUGCAGUCGUUUUGUAAAACCACCGCCAUCGCUUUGGAGGAGCUGGGAUUUCAGUCGCAAGAGCCAGGAGACAAUGAACACAUAGCGGAGACACCUGUUGAUGCAGACGCCCCAGUUCACCCACCUGUAUCCGAGACUCACCCCUACGACAAUCUGGACCCCAAGAAUCUGCCGGCAGAUGCAGGAUACACAUGCAAGAUGGUAGAUGGAGUCGUCCACGUUUACACCAAGAAAAGCGAGACGGACAAACACGCAGAACUUGACCUGCCGUAUCCAGAUCUCAAAGAAUAUAUCGGAGACAUGAACGUCAUGAUGGCUCUCAUCAUCAACGGACCUGUGAAGUCUUUCUGCUACCGUCGCCUUCAGUACUUGAGCUCCAAAUUUCAGAUGCACAUCCUCCUGAAUGAGAUGAAGGAGCUGGCUGCUCAGAAGAAAGUCCCGCACCGAGACUUCUACAACAUCCGGAAGGUGGACACGCACAUCCACGCGUCUUCCUGCAUGAACCAGAAGCACCUGCUGCGCUUCAUCAAGAGAGCCAUGAAGAAGUAUCCUGAGGAGAUAGUCCACGUUGAGAAUGGACGGGGUCAGACUCUGAAGCAAGUCUUUGAGAGCAUGAACCUGACAGCCUUUGACCUCAGCGUUGACACGCUGGACGUUCACGCGGACCGUAACACCUUCCAUCGGUUCGACAAGUUCAAUGCCAAGUACAACCCAAUAGGAGAGUCGAUCCUGAGAGAGAUCUUCAUCAAGACAGACAACCACAUUGAAGGGAAAUACUUUGCUCACAUAGUCAAGGAGGUGAUGGCUGACCUGGAGGAGAGCAAAUACCAGAACUCAGAACUGCGCCUCUCUAUUUACGGCCGCUCCAGAGACGAAUGGGACAAACUCGCCAAGUGGGCCAUCAAACACCGUGUGUACUCGGACAACGUGCGCUGGCUGGUCCAGGUGCCGCGCCUUUUUGAUGUGUACCACACAAAGAAGCAGCUGGCUAACUUCCAGGAGAUGCUGGAGAACAUCUUCAUGCCUCUGUUCGAAGUCACCAUCAACCCACGCAGCCAUCCUGAGCUGCACCUCUUCCUGGAUCACGUGGUGGGCUUCGACAGCGUCGAUGACGAGUCUAAACCUGAACAUCACAUUUUCAACCUGGACAGUCCGCUGCCCGCCAACUGGACCGAAGAAGACAACCCGCCCUACUCCUACUACCUCUACUACACCUACGCCAACAUGACUGUGCUCAACCACCUGAGGAGACGGCGAGGCUUCCACACCUUUGUGCUGCGACCUCACUGUGGAGAGGCGGGGCCCAUUCACCACCUGGUGUCGGGCUUCAUGUUGUCAGAGAACAUCUCUCACGGACUGCUGCUCAGAAAGGCGCCGGUGCUUCAGUACCUGUACUACUUGGCGCAGGUCGGCAUCGCCAUGUCUCCGCUCAGCAACAACAGUCUCUUCCUUAGCUACCAUCGCAAUCCCCUGCCGGAGUAUCUGUCGAGGGGACUCAUGGUCUCGGUCUCCACUGACGACCCACUACAGUUCCACUUCACCAAGGAGCCUCUAAUGGAAGAGUACAGUAUAGCUACUCAAGUCUGGAAGCUGAGCUCCUGUGACAUGUGUGAGCUGGCCAGAAACAGCGUCCUGAUGAGCGGCUUCUCCCACAAGGCCAAGAGUUAUUGGCUGGGCCCGAACUACAGCAGGGAGGGUCCCGAGAGCAACGACAUCCGCCGCACCAAUGUCCCGGACAUCCGCGCGGCAUACCGCAGCGAGACCCUCACAGAGGAGCUGGACCUCAUCAUUCACGCCGUUUGCACAGAGAAGCUGGACACGAUUGACGAGGAGGAGGCUCUGUCCAUGAGCCCCUUCCCCGGACGGCGCUGACAAUCACCAGUCCAGUGAGCAGCGACAGGAAGUAAGAAGUUCUCGUCACAGUCGUACUCAUCACAACGGUGGCCACAAAUGAAGGGUGCCUCGUUUUUCAGUUGACAUUUGUGACACCUCCAUGUUGGUCAGCAGGUGAGGUCUGCUGGUCCUGCUGCUGAACCGCUGCUGAUGGAUCUGCCAGAGCUGUAGUCCACUGGAUCCACAGAUCUGCAUGUGAAACUGUCGUCCUGGUGUAGAACUUUAGUGUGGAUAUUCAGAAUCAUAGACACACGCCGCAUGACCUUCUGCGCACGAGCGCUGGCACUCGUGCGCAGCAGACAUCUGAUACUGAGACACUCGAGAAUCAUCUGCUGUAUAAUUCUGACCUACCAGCAGCCUUUAGCGUAUGAGUAGCAUCCAUCAUAGGACAGCACAAUCUAAAACAUGCAUGUUGUAGACAGACACUUAGAUUAACUGACGGUGAGACUUGAGUCACCUUGUUGUGACGUUAUUUACAACUUGAAAUUCAAUUUUUGCCACUUGUAACGUUAGUGUUCCCUGACCCCCAGUGGAAAUGUGAGGCAGGUGAAUUUACUGAAAUGGAGAGUCGAUCCCACCCGCUCAAACAAAAGCCAUGGACUCAUCACCAGCUGCACACACACACACUCACACACACACUCACAGAUCCGCAUGUUGCCCUCAGACUUCUUUAUCAAGCACUUUAGACUGAUCACGACAGAAAACCAGGUUUUUCCCGCAAACAUUAUAGUGGACUCUUGUCAUUCUUAUGUGAAAAGGGCAUCACGCCCACCUGCUCUUGGACCCUGGGUUUUUAUGGGAAGAACAAAGACCUUGACCAGUGCCCGUAUUCCACCCUGUGAUGGUGGUUUGUCGCCCCCACAACGCUUGCUGUAGGGCUGCACCAUUAUGGCCAUAAUCACGACUCUCACAGGCUCAGCAAAAAAAGUCGAUGAUUGACAGGCCUCACUCAGACUGCAGCACUGCAGCGCUGUUUUGUUGAGUUCAAUGUGAAACCUUGUCUAACUGUUUGCAUGUAAAGGUCCGACAUGUGAGAGUAGGUUUGAAAUUUCCUUCAAGAUCCAAGCAAAUGGUCACAUUCUGCAGCCCUGUGAAGUCGUCUGGCUAUCGAGAAAUAGAAAUCUGAUGGUGAAAAUCCUGUGCAGACCUAGCUUGCAGCAGCCUGUUAUCCCUUGCACAGGGGUGACACUCACCAACCCCGGAGUUCCUUUUCCAUCCCACGUCCGACACCAUUUGCCCUGUCAAACAUCCUGCCCGAUGGCCUCAAGCGACCCGCCCACUCCUGACACCACUGGUCAUGAGGAGUGGCGCUUCCCCACCCCAGCACCAGGCGACAAGCUCUUUGCCAUGGUUCCCAGUGGCCCAGGAAAGCAGGGCAGACCAAACAGAUCCCAACACUUCUAGGACAGUGUCAUCCACGUGGCGACCGUGUAAAGCUGCUGAACGAAGUUGCAUGUUUAAGCCCGUCACCCUAUUCUCCGCCCCUUGCUGUCCUUGAGUAGAACUCACCGCGUCACAGUGCCUUCCUACUGUAGCGAUGGGCACCGCACGGCCUCCUGGUGUUUCGUCCUGGCCACCUCCUGAGCCUCCGCGGUGGAGGCCGGCGACUGCAUGCUCUGUGAAUGUAGCUUAACCCCCACACGAGGAGCAGCGUGGUUGCUCUUGCACGGAUGAAUGAUUCACCGAGUGGAGACUCGGUGAUUGGUGAGACUGUGGGUGUGUGGAACUGAACCAGUGCUGGGCCGCAGUUUCUCCCCUGCAUGUUACUUGUUGCAUUCUGAAGCAAUUCUUGUCACAGUGGGAUGUAAAGCCAGAGACGAUUGCACUUUCACGCCCUCUGCUGUUGAAAGCACACAGUGGAAAUGGUUCGCUCGCGUUAUGCAGUGUCCUGUUGUCAGCACAUACUUGUAGCAUCCAAAAAUCAAAGGGACGCGGAGAAGACAAAAGUAUUUUUUUAAAGUCGACAGAGCCGAUAUUUUGUACGGGCAAUAUUUUGGAAUCCAAGUGUGACGUUUAUGAGGUCAUUUCUUUUGUUCUUCUCUCCAAUGCUGAUUUCCUCGCUCUGUUGGAUUUGAGCGCCAUGUUUGAUGCACUCAGCUGUAUUUCCAUUGUUGCGCCAUGCUAACUGUGAGCUAUGCUAGCUAGCCGCGACACGUUAACAAAAGCUAAUAGGGAGGUCUGAGCUUGGCCGCAGACGAUGUUCACAUUGUUCACACGUUCUGACUUGUUGACUUGGAAAAGAAAAGUUGAUUGUCCAGUUUGAAUGUUCAGCCACGUGUUGUGAGUCGUGCUUACCAAACCGUUUACUCCAAAACAUGAAGUGGCACUUCAGAUCAAACUCGCUGAUCCAACAUUGUGUCUUCAUCUGCCUCCUAACACAAUCAGCUGACAUGAGGAAGGAGGCAAAAUUAGUAGUUAAAUAUAAAUAAACAACUAGCCUUUUGUGUGAUGCAAAUUGUACGAUCUAUUAAGGAAUCAUUUUAUUUUUCUUUUAGUGUUCAUUUUAAGCCAUUUAUACAUCUGAGUAUAAAAUCUUGUUAUAGUGUUAUCUAGAGUUGCAUGUUGGCCACGGAUCUGCUGGUGCACGGGCAACACGGUGCACUCUACCUCACACAUGCUCCUGCAGGAGCCAGUGCCCUUCCACCUCCCACCCGUCCACUGACCGACCACAGUGGACCUCGUGGGUCUGACCAGAUCAAACGUCCACACGUUCAGACGUCCACGACGCUGCACAGAUGAGGAUUCAUAUUUUGGAUGUUUCCCAGUUUCCUUUUCAACUCCGCGCCGAUGCCUGAAUGUGACGUGUCACCGGCUCAGAUGCCGCUCCAAUUGUUCAUGUAGUGGGCGAACAUUACAAUAAAGCAUGUUUAACCAUUCCA